AUGAAACGAAAUGCAACGUGUAGUACGAACCAGCGGCAUGCUUUAUGUCCUGGUGAAAGGAACAUCGUGAAAAAUGUGUACAAUGCACUUCGUUCGCAAUUUUCUGAUAAAAUAAUGGACGAAACAGUGAGAGAUUAUAGCGAUAUGACCAAGGUAUCAGUCAGGACCAUUUAUAUAAUCCUGAAAGCAAAAGAACAGGAGGUAAAUCCGAUAAAAGAACGAGGACGUAAGAAAGAUGUCCUAGAUGAUGAUGUGAAAAAUGUAACAGGUACCUACUCAAAACCAGGAAAUUAUAAUAGAAGAAACAAGAUUAGGGAGGAACGGGGAUACACGUUUCACGUCAAGGUGCCGGUCAUGACGACUUUAAAGACAGACAACACAGGCAACGAAAAGGUUAUCUGUAUAUCGCUCACUAGAUGCGCUACGCAAUCGACAGCCCCUUGUCCUCUACGGAAGCCAAACUGUGAUGUUGGGGGAGUGUUGUUGCUUUCCAACCACCAUUCAAGCCUUGCCUUCAAGAUCCUUUCAAACGUUUUCAAAAGGCAAGACAUUAGAGAGACUAGUCUACAAGAAUUGGGGUCGCUUGCUUUGGGAAUCGGAAUGAUGAAAGCGGCUUUUAUGGUAUCGCAGUUUUCUCCUAGGAUAAGAAUACGGUUAUAG